AUGUCAAAUGAGAUGCUUAUUGAAAUUAAAUUUGUUAUUAAAAGCACACGCAUCUUCCCGGAGCAUACCCCGAUAUCCCACUCAAGCGGUCUGCUACAGUUUUACCGCCAGUACCGCUACUUCGUUGGUCAGAUACUGGUAAAACCCACAGAAAGCCUUGCGGAUAAUCACAGCACCAUGUUCGGCACUAUCCGAUGCCUCUCGACAUCCCGCCGAUUCCUCAGCGUGAGCAAGAGUUUCCACAGAACUUUCGUCACGCUGCGGUCAUGGCAGACGACCUCCCCGCAACCGACUUUCGCAGCAGCCUCGAGCGUGCUACAUCAGCAGCAUCAACCAAGAAGACGAAGUCACAAGACGGGCCUCACCUCACCCGUGCUUCCAUUGAACAAGGCGGGGGAUCAAAAAUGGACGACCAUCUUCCAUUACCCGUACAUCAAGUCGAUACGGAUGCUGAUCCGCGUGAAGGUCUACCAGACCGUAGGUACCUUGGUGGUCAGCCCUGCUUUGGUGGCCGCUGAAUACAUGAACUGGCUAAACACCGAUUUCUCGCGGGCCGCCAUAGUCCUGUCGUUCACCGCGUCCUUCGUGCUCGUAGCCAUGGGAUACCUCGCGGAGCGCGUCGUGGGUGUCAUGUACGUGAACGAGGACCGUAGCUUGCUGCGGGUCGGCCACAUGGACUUCUGGGGCAACCGUCAUGACCACGUGUUCAGGACGAAAGACGUGGCGGAGUUCGCGGACAGUGGGCAACACUGGAGCGCGCUGUACAUUACGCUGCGCAGAUACAGCGCGCCAAACGAUCCCCUCUACUUGUCACUCAAACACGGCGGCAUCGUAGAGGACAAGCUGUUCAGGGAGGUCUUCGGCAAUGAGGUCUAAGUGCCACGAUUUCAGACCGUCUCACUAAGGCUCCUUGUCCAUGUGAGCGCUAUGCAGCGUACCUAAAGACCACAGCAUUGAUCGGAAAGUGUCCUACGACCAGUUUCGCCACGUUCGUAGACUUUGUUGUGUACCCUUGUCGAGGUGAAACUGGUUGUAUGAUGACCUUACUUCUUGUCAGAUUAUGUUGUCGAAGGCAGACUGAAAAUUAUUUUGUCGGGCAUGUCGCAGGCCUUCACGGUAUGGUGCCGCAGUCUCCUGAACCAAAAUAAAUGUUAUUAUAGAAAAAU